UUGCUGCUCAAACGGUUUCUAGUUUAUUUGUAGCGCUGUGACGGUGUUCAACUGUUUAAGCAGGCGUCUCCGAACUUGGAUUAUUUCAUUAAGAAAUGUGGAAUUAUUUAACGACGAGAAAACGAGUAGCCUGAUAGUUGAUUAGUUUUAAAAUCUGUUCAAUUUAUCUAGGAAUGUGUAAAAGCUAAAUAGGACCAUAAUUCUGGGGGGGUUUUAUGUGUGUGUAAAACAUUCGCGUAACUAACCCUGUAUUGUUUUGAAUCUACGGACAUAAUUACGGGUCAUUAUUUACGUUAAAUUUUAUUUAAUUAAAUGACACCAAUUCUAUGGCACCAUGGUAACAGCUGCUUGUACUCUAAACAAAAACGUAUAAAUUUGUAGAUUUAUUUAUUUCAGUAAAAUUUGUAUUAACAAUUUGUGGAAAUUAAUCAAUACUAACUCGUCAGCUACACGUUCUACGAGAGAUUGACUAACUGGUGAAUUAUAACACCGAAGGGUUGUCAGCAAUACGAGUUAACUCGGUAAUAAUUUGUGAAACACGAACAGCCUUUCAACCGUAUGAUAUCACAUUGCAUUGAGUUGUUUUCGGCGCUUGUGAGCGGAAUACUAAACGAUGCGAUAAUGCCUCAAGCAUUGUCUUUAAGAUUAAUUAAUGCGUCAAGCGAAGAGGGAAGACUGCGUAUUUUAUGUCAUUGAUUGAAGUUUCUUCGGCGUUAACGGACAUUGGAAGAAUUUCUAUACAUGUACUACCUUCGCCCCGCAACCACGUCUCAUGCGUCUGACUUAAGAACUAUAAGCGCAUUUUAGAGAACCUGUUACUAAAGAAAGGAAUCUGAUCUGAAAAUCGAUGGGAUUGCAGAUGAAUUAUUCAGUACCUUGUCUGACAUCUACCAAAAAACGAAAGUGGGAAUAGGUGGCCGUGAAACUUUUGUGGUCGUAAAGAAACGAAUAAGUUGAUGGAAUUUGGCUCCGAUUCUGUUUUCCUUGUGCGUUUUAUGUAGUAUUUUUGUUUUUAAGUUGCUGUAUGGUUUGUGCAUUACGUGUUGUUAUUUUAUUUACGCCAAUAACUACAUUGAGGAUUUUAGUUGGUGGCAUAGCAUUGUAUUCAACUUGAUACGUGUGCUAUUUACCAGUACUCAGACAGACAGAAAGCUAACAGAAUCGGCAAGCGCAACUGGUCUUUGGAAUAAAUAAAGAGAGAACAAAAUAAAACGUGGAUGUUCAGUAUAUGCCAUGAAGAAUUCGCCAAUGAUGAUUUGUGCUAACGGAAUUGAGUAUGAACCUUUGAAGUAUACCGACAAGAAGGUUGAGGAGAAUUAUGAUGUUUAUACGAUAACAGCCGAACCACUACCAUCAAACAUGCGAUCACUGUUACCAGCUUCUGAGAAACACAUGGACACUUACGUCACGAUGAUGACGAAUAAGAACAGGUUGAAAUACGUCAUACUGACGUUGUCGUUGUUUACUGUGUCGGUGAUAUUAUUAGCUGUAUCUGUUAUAGUUGGAUUUAAACAAACCACCUCUGAUGCUUCUAUCCUACAGAGAUUGACAGCUAAGCCUAAACACAACUCUACCAUAACCGACAUUAAAAUACAACAAUCUUUAAAAGAUGGCGGAUAUAAGAACGAAGUUUAUCCAGCCUAUGUAACUAGAACGCCCUGCAUUAAUGAAUGCUGGGCGUAUGCUGCCUUCCGAUUUAAAGCUGUUUGUGAUCAAGGUUUCUGUCACUGUAAAGGACCAAAUUACGAUCCUUUGACAUGCUUACCUCACGUGGAGGACUGUAACAUGAUGGUCAACACCCCGUCUGUGGCAGUGGCAAAGAUCAACGGCAAACAGCAGAAACUAUUUGCCUGUAAGAGUGCCCAGGUGAGGCAAUCCAAAAUUCACGUACUCAGCAUCUUUGGAAAUCACCGAGCAGCUUCGACGAUGGUGAACAUCUCCGGAUCAUCGUCGCAGCCUAAAGUAUUGGUUCUAGUCAACUAUCACCCUAUUACUUGGGAUAUCCGAGUCAGUGAUCCAGUAGAGUUGGAACAGAUCGUCAUGGUAUCGUUCAACCAUCUUUCCAAGACACGUGUUCUACUGCCAGACAAUGGAUCCAUGACAAAACCCAUUAUCCGAAGACUCUUUUCACUAACCGGCUAUGGACAGGAUAGAUUUGGUGGCCACACCCCCGAACUAUUGAAGAACAUCGUUGGUCAGUUUGGCGCCAUCGCCACUUUUACUGGAGCUUCUCACGCUGAUAAUUGGGAUGUCAAUUUCAACAACUUAAACGGAUCCGAUCCAACUUCGACUUGAGAUCGUGAAUUACAUACAUCCGGGUAUAGAUCCCGCACCGAUUAUCCAGUAUUUCCUUGGUGUUUUAUUUAAGAACAUAUUUUUUGUUUGAAUAAUUUGUCUCUAAACCUUACCAAGAACUAUUGUAAUAUUAUUUGUGAAGGUGGUGAUGAGCUAUCGUGUGUAUUUUUAGCGGGUAUCCUGGAUUGGGACGAUGCGAUUGGCGUUGAUUUUUGGUUGAGUGAAAUGAAGUAAGCAGUACCGCUGCGAAGAUGGGAGGCGUAAGUGUUCUGUUUGGGGGAUAUGAAUAACGAACUCCAUGGAAAAUUUAAGCUUUUCGUUUGUAACGUUGCUUAAUAAUAGAUAUUUUGAUUAGCAGAACAUUUUGAGUUGCCAAUAUUUCACUAUACAAGAGAGAAUAGUCCUGUUUAUGGCGGACAAUGGUUGAUUUGGUUUCUGCUUUGAGUGACAUCUUUUAAUUUGAUAGCGAAAUCAGCCGAACAAUGUGCCACGUGAUUUGGAUUGGAUUUUUCAAGGCGUGUAUCUUAUCGGAAGAUGACCCAUGAUUUGUAAAUAAGAACUGACUGUGUGUUUGUGAUAGUAUUAACUUGUAAAGGGGUCUUUUUGCUUGGGGUAUAACUGCAAUUAACAUUAUCACGAUUGACUGAUG